AUGAAGGAAAUUUUUCGAGAUGCAACAGCCGGAAAGGUCCUACGUCUAUUAUCAGGAAAAAGAAUUUUAAAAUAUCCAGAGGAACGAAGUGUACCAUCCGACACCGAGAAAGGAAAAGCAGAUAUCUGGCGGAAAUAUCUACAUACCCAAAAGACGCAGAACGUGAGGGAACAUGGAAGUUGUGAUGAGCCUGAACAAGAACAAUCAUUGGAAUUUAAAGAUAACGAUAGUCCAAGUCAAGAUGGAGAAUAUGUUAGACCCUCAAACGCAACGCAAAGCUCGGAUCGAACAAGAGUGGUAAAUGAUAAUGGUGUGAAUACGAAGAAUGGAGGCAUAGAUGCUCAAAUUAUUGAUUGGGAUCAAACUGAUGGGGUUUUUGAUUCAGAGAAUCCACAAAAUUGGUCGAAAGGAAAGAAAUUCUUCGUAACUUUCCUCAUCUGUCUAUUGACUUUCGCCGUCUACAUUGGAUCAGCCAUCUAUUCUGCAGGAAUCUUAGACGUAAUGCAAAAAUUCGGAGUCAGUCAAGUAGCUGCCACUGCUGGUCUCACCUUAUUUGUAGCCGGUUAUGGUAUCGGACCCAUGUUAUGGUCUCCUAUGAGUGAGAUACCUCAAAUUGGUCGAAAUCCCGUUUACAUUGGUACGCUUAUUGUCUUUGUGGUUUUACAAUUCGGUGUUAUAUAUGCGAGGAAUUUCGCCAUGUUGCUUAUAUUUCGAUUUUUGACGGGCUUUUUUGGUUCUCCUGUUUUGGCUACUGGAGGGGCUUCGUUGAGUGAUAUGUAUGCACCUAAUAAGAGGGCUUAUGCUAUUGGGAUUUGGGGUAUGGCUGCUGUGUCGGGUCCAGUGUUGGGUCCUUUGGUUGGAGGAUUCGCUGCGGAGAAUAAAGGGUGGACUUGGACGAUUUGGGAAUUGACUUGGUUAUCUGGAUUCGCACUCAUCGUCCUAAUUUUCUUCUUACCUGAAACUAGCUCCGCCAAUAUAUUAUAUCGACGACGUCUUCGUCUCACAAAAGCAAGUGGCGUCAAGAACUUAAAAUCCGAACCAGAAAUUGAAGCCGAUAAAAUGACCACGCAAGAUAAAAUAAACAUGGCUCUCAUUCGUCCAUUCUCACUUACUUUUACCGAACCAAUUCUUUUCUGUCUCAAUCUAUACAUCGCCCUAAUCUAUGGUCUUCUAUACGUCUGGUUUGAAUCAUUCGCCAUUGUUUUCGUCGAGAUUCACGGUUUUAGCUUGGGGAAAGAAGGUCUAGCUUUCUUGGGUAUUUUCGUCGGAUCUCUGGCGGUUAUCCCACCAUUCUUUUGGUACUUGAAGAAAUAUCAAGAACCGAAAUUUGAUGAAAAUGGUAAUAUUAAACCAGAGAUUAGAUUGCAACCAGCUUUCGUUGGUGCUUUUUGCAUUCCUAUCUGUUUAUUUUGGUUUGGUUGGACUAGUACAGAAAGUAUUCACUGGAUUCUUCCCAUAAUCGGCUCAGCCUUCUUCUCCAUUGGUGCCUUUCUCCUCUUCAAUUCAGUCCUAAACUACAUCGGUGACGCAUAUCCCGUGUAUGCGGCAUCAGCAUACGCGGGAAAUGACUUCAUGAGAUCAUGUUUCGGUGCUGGUUUUCCACUUUUUGCUAAUGCGAUGUUUAAGGAUUUGGGGGUUCCCUGGGCAAGUUCUACGUUGGCGUUUAUUAGUGUCGCGUUUAUUCCCAUUCCGUUUGUUUUGUACAAAUGGGGUGAGGUAAUUAGACAUAAGAGUAAGAAGGCUAGACAUGAUAUUUAG